AUGAUUAGAAGACCUAAACAACCAGUACACAAACACAAGCAAACAAUAAUGUCAGCCAAUGAACUCAAGGAAACUGACAUGAAUACAGAAGAGGGACAAGAACAACAAAUUGAAUCUGUCCCUGAAGCUCCCGAAUCCUCAAAUGUGGCCGCCACUCAAGAGAAUAAGGAGAGUGAGGAGGACGAUAGUGCGGAUGAUGACGAAAACACUAAUUUAUACUCCGAUGAUAACAACGGUAACAGUGGAGAUGAUGCUGAUAAUAGUGAGUCAGUUGCCACUGAACAAGACAAUAAAGAUAAAGACGCACCUUCAGAGGAUGAUGACGAUGAGGAUGAUGCUUCUGACUCCGAUGAGAGUGAGGAAGCCACUUCGGAUGUAGCUGAUCAAGACGAAGCUGAUAGUGAAACUGAAUCUAACGAAGCUGCAAAUGCGAGCGAUAAUGGUGAUGAAGAUGAAUCCUCUGAAGAACAAGAUGAAACGUCUGAACAAGCGGAACCAAUAAAUAAUGAAGAAAAAAACACUUCCGAAACUGUAAAUACAGAAGAUACACCAGCUGAUGAUACUGAAAAUGUAGAUCAUCAUCUUCUACACAAACAAGCAAACUAUAUUAUGGAAAGUGGAAUGCUAAAUCGCCCAGAAUUUCAAAAUUUAGAUGACAAACAAAAGAUCACAGCAAUUGUGAAUUUAUUAAACUCAAACCCAAUUACACAGCUGAAUAUCACAAAGCCUGAUGCCAUUGAAAAUGUUAUCCCACCUCCAAAACCUACAAUGACAGUUAAUGAAGAAACACAAAGACCACUAUCUGAUGCUGAAAGGAGAAGAUUAGCUCCAAGACCAGAUUUGAGAAAUCCAAUGACUCCAGAAGAGCGUGAAAGAUAUUCUGUCUAUCUACGUGGUGAAAAUAAGAUUACUGAAAUGCAUAAUAUUCCUGCUAAGUCUAGACUUUUCAUUGGAAAUUUACCCUUAAAGAAUGUUUCAAAGGAAGAUUUAUUUAGAAUUUUUUCACCAUAUGGACACAUCCUUCAAAUCAACAUCAAAAAUGCAUUUGGAUUUAUUCAAUAUAAUAAUCCACAAAGUGUUAAAGAUGCAAUUGAAUUAGAAUCAGAUGAGAUUAAUUUUGAUAAGAAAUUAAUCCUUGAAGUUUCAAGUUCAAAUAGUCGUCCUCAAUUCGAUCAUGGUGAUCAUGGUACCAAUAGCAGUACUACAUUUAUUUCAUCUGCUAAACGUCCCUUUGACAAUGAUGAAGAAGAUGAUACUGCUAACAUGUAUAAUGAUAUUGGUGUUAAAAGGUCAAAGAAACGUGUCCCAUCUUGUGUCAUUUAUGUGAAAAGGACAGCCGAUCGUAAUUAUGCUAAUGAUGUCUUCAAGAAAUUUAAGGACCGUACCUCAUUAGAAACUGAUAUGAUCUUUUUAAGACCAAGAAUGGAUUUGAGAAAAUUGGUUAAUGAUGCGGCUUAUGAUGGUGUCUGGGGAGUGAUUUUCAUAAAUAAGACUCAUAAUGUUGAUAUCCAAACAUUUUAUGAAGGUCCACAUGGGGAAACUAAAUUUGAUGAAUAUGUCGGUGUUUCUGUUGAUGAUGCCGUGGCUAUCUUUAUUAAUUUGAAAACUUCAAGAAAUAAUAUUCGUCCACCAAUGGGUAGUCAGUAUAAUUAUGACAAUCAAAUGAAUAUGGGGGGUCCACCUCCUCAAGGUCCUGCCCAUCAACAAGGUUACUAUAAUAGUUAUGGCAUGCCUCCACAACAAGGUCCUCCACCUCCACAACAGAACUAUUAUAGCAAUUACAGUGCACCACCUCCCCAACAACAAGGCUAUAAUGCACCACCAAUGGAUCAAGGAUAUGGUCGCUACCAAGGCGGUAUGCCACCUCAACAACAAAUGGGUCAAGGCUAUGGUAGAUAUCAAAAUUCCUCAAUGGCCCCACCACCUCCACAACAACAACAACCACCUCCACCAAUGCAAGCAUCUCAACAAAAUCAACUUACAAAUCUACUGGGUAAUACUUCCAAUACCAGUAAUCCAAAUCCAAUGGAUCAACAACAACUUCUAUCAGCCAUUCAAAACCUACCUCCAAACGUUGUUUCCAGUUUAUUAGCUGCUGCUCAACAACAACAGCAACAACAGCAGCAACCUCAAACACAACAGCAAUUGAUUGGUUUAAUUCAAUCAAUGCAGAACCAACCACCACAACAACAAACCGGGUAUCCACAAUUAAAUCAAGCCAGCCCUCCCCCACCAAUGGGUAAUAAUUAUGCUAGUCAAAAGAUUUCUCCACCACCAUCCGAACAGCCAGCACCAACUCAACAGAGUCCACCUGGCAAUAACGUUCAAAGCUUGCUUGAUAGUUUGGCUAAAUUACAGAAAUGA